AUGGGUUUUCGCCGCGCGAGGUGCACACCGUACCAUCCAGCCACCAACGACAAAAUUGAACGUUGGCAUAGAACUCUAAAGACUGCCAUUAAAGCCCACGCUUCACCAAACUGGACGAAACAUUUACCCACCGUUCUCCUCGGGCUGAGGACAGUCAUCCGCGAUGACACCCCAGUCUCAGCUUCGGAAAUGGUUUAUGGGUCAACCAUUCGGCUCCCCGGUGAAUUUUUUCAAGAUUCAACCAACACCAUCGACCCUGCAACUUUCGUGGGACAACUCAAAGCAAAUAUCGCAAAUGUUCGUCCAGCGUCAGCUCCACAUCAUGACAACAGGCAGAUAUUUGUACCCCAAAAUCUCGACACCUGCACCCACGUUUUUGUCCGAAGAGACGCAGUCAGGAAACCUUUUGACCCACCUUAUGAUGGACCCUGUAAAGUCCUCAAUCGAACCGAAAAGUAUUUUACGGUUGAUCUCAACAACAAGUCAACCAACAUUUCCUUGUCCAGACUGAAACCAGCUUUUCUGCUCAACGACAACCCCAUUCGGCACGACCAUACUUAUGCCAAUUGGGCUAUUACACCCGAAAAGACUGAUGUGAAGAAGACUGUCAGAUUCAAAUUAUAA